AGAUGCUGGCAAAAAAAAAAAGAUGUGGCAAAAGACUUUGGCAUCACACCCUCGACACUUUCGACAUUUUUGAAAGAUCGGUCAAAAAUUGAAGAGAAAUCGUGUGAAGUGAACAUUGGACCUCACCGCAAAAAGAUUCGAACUGCAACCUUUGAAGAUCUGGACAAAGCAGUUGGACCUUUGAUCCAAGAGAAGGCAUUGCAGCUGGCGGCUGCACUUGGCCAUACCAACUUCUUGGCUAGUGUCGGUUGGCUGAAUCGUUUUCGUGAUCGGUUUGGAAUUGCGGCAAAGGCCAUCUGUGGUGAAGAAUCAGCAAACACAAUUGUGAAGUGCUGGAAGAAGACUGGCAUUAUCGAUAUGGCUCUCAAUGUGGACGACAGUGAUGAGGAUCCUGGGGAAGACUCGACAAUUCGUGAGCUGUGGGCCACAAUUGCUGGGAGGUCAGAGAUCCCUGCAGAACUGGGUUUCAAUGACUUUAUUGCUGCUGAUGACCAACUGCUUGUGACCAGUGAAAUAACUGAUGAUGAAAUUGUGCAAAGUGUUAUGCCAGCAGCUGACAAUAGUGGAAGUGAUGAUGAUGAAGCAACUGAAACUGUUCCUGCAAAGAAAACCAGUGCUGCUGAUGCCUUUGCUAUUUUUGAGUGUGUAAAAAAUGUUUUGUCAUGCUCAGACAUUGCCAAUGAUGAAGUUUAUGAUCUGCUGAAACGUGUGGAAGAUGCAAUGUUGACAUCAGUGACUAAAAACUUUGUUCAGUCAAAAAUAACGAAUUAUUUCAAGAAG